AUGUUGGGAAGUGGGUUACAGUUUGGAAAUGUACGUGGGGAGGACAGGUUUUACAUUCCUGUGAAAGCAAGAAAGAGAUACAAUAAUCAGCAAAAGCAAGCUAGGAAAGCCAAGAAUGAUGCAAACGAGAACCCCAAAGAGCUUCCAAAGAGCAAAGUAGUGGUUUCUGAGAAAAGAAGCCCCAAAGAACCUCCAAAUACAUUGCCAAAGCCUUCUUCUGAGUCAUCUCUAAAGCCUAGUAGUAAUCUUGACAGGCUCUUGGAGUCCACCACUCCUUCAGUUCCUGCGCAGUAUUUCUCUAAGACGACAAUGAGGGGGUGGAGGACUUGCAAUGUUGAGUUUCAGCCUUACUUCACAUUGAAUGAUCUUUGGGAAUCGUUUAGGGAGUGGAGUGCAUAUGGGGCAGGAGUGCCAUUGGUACUUAACAAAAGUGAUUCUGUUAUUCAAUAUUAUGUUCCCUAUUUAUCUGGUAUCCAAUUAUAUGGGGAAUCUUCUGUGAAGUCAAAUGCAAAGUCAAGGCAAGUUGGUGAGGACAGUUAUGUUGACUACGAUUUGGAUUCGAGUAGUGAUGCAAGCAGUGAUUAUGAAGUUGAGAAACACAAAAAGACCGCUAAGGAGCAGCAAGCUCUUCACCGUUUAAACACGGAUGUUCCUAUUAGAAUGGGCGGGUUGUCCAUACAUGAUGGACACCCUUUGUUACAAGAAGGCUUUUCUAGUGAUGAUGGAGAAGCUGGGAACUCUUGUGGUGUCCUGCUUUUUGAGUUUCUUGAGCAGGAUGCUCCAUAUGGCCGAGAACCAUUGGCUGACAAGAUAUCAGAUCUAGCAUGCCAGUACCCUGGGUUGAAGACAUUAAGAAGUUGUGACUUACUGCCAGGAAGUUGGAUGUCAGUGGCUUGGUAUCCCAUAUAUCGAAUACCUAUGGGUCCAACACUGAAAGAUUUGGAAGCUUGCUUUCUGACGUAUCAUUCACUUUCAACACCCACGACAGUUAGUGGAAGCGCGCAGGCUCCAGUGAUGGUCUAUCCCACCGAGAUGGACGGUGUACCAAAGAUUUCCUUACCUGUUUUUGGAAUGGCUGCUUAUAAGUUAAAAAGAACAACGUGGACACAAAAUGGAGUAAUGGAGUGUCAACUAGCAAAUUCCCUGAUGCAGGCUGCAGGCAAUUGGCUAACCCUGCUUCAGGUCAAUCACCCGGAUUUCCAGUUCUUUGCUUCCCACGGCAUGUACUGCAGGUGA